CCCCCCCAAAUCCCUAAACCCUUCCCUCCCCAAAUCCCCAAACCCAAACCGUCAAUCCCAAAAGUCCACCCAUCCCAAACCUGCAAAACUAGUCUCCGCACGAUUUCGACAUCCGAUUCCAACGUGCAUCUCGAGUCGCAAAAUGGCGAAGAAAGGUGGAUAAAGAGUGGCGGAAAGUGAAUUCGAAAUCGAUCCACAGUCAACACCGUUCUCCAGUGGUCAACUUCAGCAAGUAUCGGCGAUCCAGUGCUGGACCAAUGACCGACAAGUAGCACGAGGCAAUCAACAUGCCUAACACGAUAAGGCAAUCCCUGUGCUGUUCGUUCGGGGAUCGCAACUUUUACAUAUCAUCCCCGUGGUGCGAUUGACUAGUCGCCAAGUACCUGCUGACCUGCCGCGAUGUGCGCUCUUCUUGCUCGCGUUUGCUUCACGGCGACUCUGUUCUCUGCAGUCUUUGCUGCUAUACCACCAUACAUAAAAACAUGCAAGAAGAGCGAACCAGACAUCAACGCAUGCAUCGCGAACACUAUAGAGGAGCUUCGUGAAAAAUUAUCCUCAGGAAUCCCAGAAUUAGAAGCUCCUCCUAUAGAGCCACUCUUAUUAAAGGAAAUUCGCUUAACCAGGGGACCAGUUGGUGCAAGACUCGACGUUAAUUUAACUGACUUGAAGGUAUCAGGACCAUCAAAAUUCAAAGUGAGAGACUUGAAGGCAGACGUGGAGAACGUGAAGUUCACCUUUAAGGUGUCGUUCGACAGACUGAAUUUUCAAGGAAAGUAUCAAAUCGAUGCAAGGGUGCUCUUGCUCCACCUCGCAGGGGAGGGAGACCUCACCGGACACUUUGAUGACUACGACUCUGACGUUGUUCUGAAAGCAAACAAAGUGUUCCGAGACAAUGACGUUUACCUGAACUUCGAGAGGAUGAAGAUUAAAAUUAGAAUUGGAAACGCUAAUUUACACUUUAGUAACUUAUUUGGUGGUGAUACGGUUCUUGCUGCAGCCAGCCACGAAUUGUUGAACAACAACAACGCCCUCGUAGUGGAUGAACUAACACCAGUUCUGGAGACAUCCUUAGCAGAACUUUUCACGAACGUCGCCAACAAGAUCACCAAAUCUUUCACGUACAAAGAAUUAUUUCCCGACGGUUAAAUAAAUUUUAUAAAAAAUAAACAUCUCCGAACAGUAUUCUACUGAUUGUUCAAAGUGUACAUUAUAUUUUAUUACUGAUUCCAAUGUGGUUUUGGUUCAAUAUGUGAUACCAUUCAAAAACUUGUAUCAAUUAAAUAUA